AUGCCUUCCCUCAUAUCACACGCAGAGUCAGAGCCUCUUAGCCGCCAACUCACAGUAACAACAGACCCAACCGUCAAUGUUCGACACGUGGUGAAAGGUGCUAUCAAAGAAGCUUCUCAUACCCUCACAGAUGCAUAUGCUUCUGAUGCGAUAUUGGGCUGGUGUGCCCGUGGUCUCGAACAUUCCAAGCAUGACAGCUUCCUUUACAAUGUGUUCAAGAACCUUAUUAACAGCUCUAGCCUCCAGAGCCGUGACUUUGUGGUCCAGGUUGACGGCUGCCAAGGUGUUCUAGUCUGGUCAAACCUACCACAGGGCUGUUCCUGGACACGAGCUAUCGGCACAGUAAAACUGGCCCGUCUCACCGGCUGGGCAUCUGCGGUGCGUGCAUUCGUCCGAUUUCAACCAACAUGCGAUAAAAUGCGCCGCAAAGUAAUGGCCGAAUAUUCUCAGGAAUACAUCACCAUUGGAUUUCUCGGAGUUCUCUCCCACCAACAGCACAAAGGCCUUGGUGGCACUCUCCUGCGCCACGUUCUCGAAAAAGCCGAUGCGUCCCAUUACCCUGUCUAUGUCGAAGUCAAUCACCCUGACACCGUCAAGUUUUUUGAGCACUUUGGAUUCGUUAUCCGAGCAAGUGCCCAGGUGAGCCAGACUCCCGGUCUCUCGGUCUAUUUCAUGGUGCGCGACUUUGUCUCACACAUCGAGCCUAAACCACUUCGAAUUCGGCCUGGUCGACGUAUCUCUUACCAAUAAUAAUCAUAACAACAAGAAAGAAAGAGAGAGAGAAUAUUAGCAUUUUAGCCGUUUAGGUAGAUUAGAACCCAAAAAAAACAAGCCUCUUUUAUCUUUCCUUUUACACUGUACAUAGAGUUCAACCUCUCUCACAUCCAUAAUUCAUUUACAUUCAUUAUAUCCUAUCACUCCAAAAACAAAAUACCCCCAUUUUAUUUUAUUUUUAUACACAUGUAAUAACAACAGCACUACCAUUGUAAUUAUUUUCUUUUAUAAAAGCAACAAUUGUCCUUCAACAU